CCCCGAGGGCCGCACGCAGCGCCGGGGCGGCCGCCAUCUUGUCGGGGUGGGCCGCGGCCUCCCGCGUUCGUGGGGCCGCAGGGCGCUGCGCCGGGCGCCUCGAGGAAGGCCGAGCGGAGAAAGAAAGCAAGCCAAAAAAAAAAAAAAAAAAAAAGGAAAAAAAAAAGAAAAAAAAGAAAAAGGCCCGUCACCGCAGCCCUGCCGCCGCUCCGAGGGGCCGGGGAGCCGCUCCGCGGGCAGCUGUCCGCUGCGGAAACGGAGCGGUGCGGGGGAGGGAGGUGCGUGCGUGGGUAAUCCCUGCCGCCGGCGCCGGGCGGAGAAGGGAAGAUGCCGCCGAGCGGCCCCAGAUGUGGGGGCAGAGGGGAGGAGGGCGGCCGUCGCGCGGCCGCCAGGGCCGGGGGGGACGCGGCUGCCCCGGGCACGGCCGAGCCCGCCGCAGACAGCCCGCCUUUGUUAGCCGCGGGCGGGCACGCGGACGGCCGCCGGCCAGGUGGUGGGAGGUAAGCGGGGGGAAGGGGCGGGGAGCGGGGGGCGGCCGGACGGGGUCGGGGCUCGUCGGCCCCGCGGAGGCGAGCGGAGCCCCGCUCUUGACGGGGACGCGUUGGCAGCUCCGCGAGGGUUGCCGUAGCUUUUAUGUAGGGUGACCAGAACCGGCUGGAACUGGUUUGAGGCAGAUCGGCUCCCGAACACAAUGCAGUCAGUGAGCUGCUACAGUGGGAUAGCUUCCUCCUUCCAUGGCAGCCAAAAGCAGAGGAGCUUGCAGACAGAUACCAUCCCUAAACAGUAUGUGAAUGCACACUUAGACACACAGCACUGGUAUGUGGCUAUGUAGUCCUAAAGGGUUCUGUAUGUAAAUGUACAUCUUUGCAGUAGCUGAGAUGAACUCGGGCUUUUUCUGCCUUUUUUUAUGCUUAAGGAAGGGGCACGAGCUUGAGAUUUACCACCCUUGUUACAGUGCUUUUGCUUCGCAAGGGUGGGACACUGGUUGUGCAGCCUAUUUUAAAACUAAACCGAAUAAAACGGAUGGAAUGGUUUGUAAUCGUAGCCGUGCUCGCGACUGAAGAAUGCUGCUUUGCAUGCCGUGUUAUUUGCAGGGCACUGUCUUGUGGUUUUCUUCUGGAGGGGAUGCUGGGGAGGGGGUCUGAAAGGCCAAAAGGAAGCGAUGUUGUUGUGGAAUUGUGUGUAAAGCAUUGCAGAGAUGCUGUAAGACAUACUCAUUUCUCCUUUUUCUUCUUUUUUGGUUUUUUUUUUUCCUCCUUCUAGGCCUAUUGAUUGGGGCUGCCUUUAACCCUUUCGCAUUUGCAGAGGUGAUCCAUCUGUGGCAGUAACUGAGCGCUGGCAGAAAAGCCUUCCAGAGGUCAAGGUUCACAAAGAUUUGCCUUCAAUCAAAUAGAUGACCAUGGGGGAUAUGAAGACCCCAGACUUUGACGAUCUUCUUGCAGCCUUUGACAUCCCAGACAUGGUUGACCCAAAAGCAGCUAUUGAAUCUGGACAUGAUGACCAUGAAAGCCAGAUAAAACAAAAUGCACACACAGAUGAAGAUUCUCAUACGCCAUCAUCGUCUGACGUUGGUGUGAGUGUCAUUGUGAAAAACGUACGUACUAUUGAUUCUUCUGAAGGAGUAGACAAGGAUGGCCACCAUUCCACAGGCAAUGGCUUGCAUAACGGCUUUCUAACAUCCUCAGCUCUUGAUAGUUACAGUAAAGAUGAAGGAAAGUCAUUUAAAGACGAUGGGUCAGCUUCUGAGACAACACUGAAGGAUUCGGCUUUUAACCAGUUUAGUCCAAUUUCAAGUGCUGAAGAAUUUGAUGAUGAUGAAAAAAUUGAGGUAGAUGACCCUCCAGACAAAGAAGAGAUGCGUGCAAAUUUCAGAACAAAUAUCUUGACAGGUUCUGUAUCUCAGCAGGAAUAUGACAAACUAAAAGCACUCGGGGGAGAGAAUUUGAUUAAAUCUAGUAUCUCAGUUUCAAGUAGUAUAGAUAAAAAUAAAGUUUCUAAGCGGGAGACAGAGACAAACUCUGUGAAUUUAAGUAUUUAUGAGCCUUUCAAAGCUCGCAAAGCAGAGGAGAAAUUGCUAAAAGACAGUUCUGAGAAGCUUCUUGACAACAGAGUACUCGAUGGAAAACUGAGUGCUGAAAAGAGUGAGACAAACCUUGCCAGCAUUUCACAGUCCAAAGCAAAGUCAUCAGCAAAGCUUUCUUCAUGCAUUGCUGCGAUCGCAGCACUGAGCGCUAAAAAGGCAGCUACAGAUACCUGUAAGGAUUUACAGUCUAAUUCUGGGGAGUCUUCUCCUUUGCCGAAAGAUAUGAGUGAAAGUCCCCGGACUACUGAAAAAUCACCUGAGUCUCAGAGUCUUAUUGAUGGUGCUAAAAAGCCAUCUGUUAAACCGCCUGAUAGUCCCAGAAGUGUAUCAAGUGAAAACAGUAGCAAAGGGUCUCCGUCUUCUCCUGCAGGGUCCACACCAGCAAUUCCUAAAGUUCGCAUAAAAACCAUCAAGACUUCCUCCGGGGAGAUCAAGAGAACUGUUACUCGAGUGUUGCCAGAAGUUGAUUUGGACUCGAGUAAAAAAACAGAGCAGACUGCUUCUAUGGUAACUUCUAUGACGUCCCUCCUGUCCUCAUCAACUUCUGCUGCUGUUCUUUCCUCUCCUCCCAGAGCUCCUCUCCAGUCCGCAGUCGUUACCAAUGCAGUUGCAUCUGCAGAACUCGCACCAAAGCAGGUCACUAUCAAACCUGUGGCUACUGCCUUCCUCCCAGUUUCAGCAGUGAAAACAGCAGGUUCACAAGUUAUUAAUUUGAAGCUUGCUAACAACACUACAGUGAAAGCCACUGUAAUAUCUGCUGCUUCUGUGCAGAGUGCCAGUAGCGCCAUUAUAAAAGCUGCCAAUGCCAUACAGCAGCAGACUGUGGUGGUGCCAGCAUCAAGCCUUGCGAGUGCUAAACUUGUGCCAAAGACAGUCCAUCUUGCCAACCUUAAUCUUCUGCCUCAGGGUGCUCAAACCACCUCUGAACUCCGACAAGUGCUAACGAAACCUCAGCAACAAAUAAAGCAGGCAAUAAUUUCUGCAGCAGCCUCACAGCCUUCUAAAAAGGUGUCUCGAGUCCAGGUGGUGUCAUCUCUACAGAGUUCUGUAGUGGAAGCGUUCAAUAAGGUGCUGAGUAGUGUCAACCCUGUCCCAGUUUACAUCCCCAACCUCAGUCCUCCUGCCAGUGCUGGAAUAACGUUGCCCACACGAGGUUACAAGUGUCUGGAAUGCGGUGACUCCUUCGCUCUUGAGAAGAGCCUGACCCAGCAUUACGACAGGAGGAGCGUGCGAAUUGAAGUGACUUGUAAUCAUUGUACAAAGAAUUUAGUUUUCUACAACAAGUGUAGUCUUCUUUCCCAUGCUCGUGGACACAAGGAAAAAGGAGUUGUAAUGCAGUGUUCGCACCUGAUUUUAAAACCAGUCCCAGCAGAUCAAAUGAUAGCAUCUCCUUCAAGCAAUACUGCUACACCCAUGCUUCAAAGCCCAGUGGGAGCUGGCUCACACGCUGUAACUAAGAUACAGUCUGGCAUAACGGGAACAGUCAUAUCAGCCCCAGCAAGUACACCCAUCGUCCCAGCCAUGCCGCUAGACGAAGAUCCAUCAAAACUCUGUAGGCAUGGUCUAAAGUGUUUGGAGUGCAGUGAAGUUUUCCAAGAUGAGACAUCUCUUGCUACACAUUUCCAGCAGGCUGCAGACACAAGUGGACAAUCAAUGCAUGGAACUUUGAAAAGUGUUGAAGGGCCACCAAACCUGGGGAUAAAUUUACCUCUGAGUACGAAACCCACAAAUCAGAACUCAGCCAGCCACAAUAAAGAGGACACAAAAUCCAUCAACGGAACAGAAAAGUUAGAGAAGAAAUCUCCUUCUCCUUUAAAGAAAGGAGAGCCUAGGAAAGUCAGCAGUCGUGGCUGGACGUGUUGGGAUUGCGAUAGGUUCUUCACUCAGAGAGACGUUUACAUCUCCCACAUGAGGAAAGAACAUGGAAAGCAAAUGAAGAAACACCCUUGUCGCCAGUGUGACAAAUCAUUCAGUUCAUCCCAUAGUUUAUGUCGUCACAACCGUAUCAAGCACAAAGGCAUUAGGAAGGUUUAUACAUGCUCGCACUGCCCAGACUCCAGACGUACCUUUACCAAACGGCUGAUGCUGGAAAAACAUAUUCAGUUGAUGCACGGCAUUAAAGACCCUGAUGUCAAAGAAAUGACUGAAUCAGCUAACAUGGAAGAGAGGGAAGUAAAAGAAGAUGCAAAGGUUCCUAGUCCAAAGCGUAAAUUGGAAGAACCUGUCCUGGAAUUCAGGCCUCCACGAGGUGCAAUCACGCAGCCACUGAAGAAGCUAAAAAUCAAUGUUUUCAAGGUUCACAAGUGUGCUGUCUGCGGCUUCACAACUGAAAAUCUCCUCCAGUUUCACGAACAUAUUCCUCAACAUAAAUCUGAUGGCUCUUCUUACCAGUGCAGGGAGUGUGGACUCUGCUACACAUCUCACGUGUCUCUCUCCAGGCACCUCUUCAUCGUACACAAGCUGAAGGAGCCGCAGCCAGUAUCAAAGCAGAACGGGUCUGGGGAGGAUAAUCAGCAGGAGAACAAACCCAACCACGAGGACGAACCGACCAACAGCACGGUGUCGGACAGGAGAUGCAAAGUGUGUGCAAAGACUUUUGAAACUGAAGCGGCCUUAAAUACUCACAUGAGAACACAUGGCAUGGCCUUCAUCAAGUCGAAAAGGAUGAGCUCAGCUGACAAGUGAUCAGAUCAUUGGGACAUGGAAAUCUCUCUCCACAUUGGAAUACUAAUGACAUUUUUGUUACAGAAAGUUCAAGGUAUAAUAGUGUUAACAGUACUGUUCAGGCUGUUGCAAUAUAUUCUGCAUAACUAUGUCCCUUUCGCCUCAUUGUCUGUACCCUUGAAACCAUUGAAGCAGUAUUUGAGUUGAAAAGAGUUUGUAUAUAUUUAAACUAAUAACUUUUAUACUCUUUGUUACGUGUUUGUAUUGGUAUCUAGUGGAAAGUUUUGUUUUGUUUUGUUUCUGUUUUUUGUAGUAAGUUUCUCUAAAACAGAGUUCUUAAUGCUGGCUCAGUUUCCUGGGGUCUCUUAAACUGUUUCUUAUGUGAAUGCUUCUGACAGAAAGUUCAGCAAAUGGGAGCACAGCAGAAGGCAGUGCCUGGAGGGAAAAAGCAAGGAAGCGAAGGGGAUAUGCCACAUCCUGCAGGACUUUGGAUAGUUCUGCACGUGGCAGGAAGCUUUCAGACUUUCUCUCCAAAAAAAGUACCCCUGCACAUGUAAAGUGCAGUGCUGGUUGAGGUGCUGACACCAGAACAGGUGCAGACACCCCAGGGUGAUCACGUACUUCUGACAAGUGUAAUUGCACAAAUAUAUAUAUAUAUAUAUAUAUCAUGAAGUAAUUUGUAGCCAUCAGGUGCUUGUGGUCAAAGCUCUGAUAGUUAUAAAAGGGCUGGGCUGCUCUGGAUUAAAUAAGUAAGAUGUAAUUAGAGGCAUAGGUUUAUCAUUAUAAUGUUUUGGGUUUUUUUUUUUUGUUUGUUUGUUUGUUUUUUUGUUUUGUCAUGUAAUUUAUUAAACAUAAUAGAAACAAUUACACAGCAUUAAGUAUUUUCCUUUAUCUCUGGUUAUGAAAAUAGCCAACCCUUGUUGCUGGGGUUGACGUUUCCCAGCUCUGUUUGCUAAUGCCAAAUGUUCCAGGGCUCAGUGUUCAACCACAGCCAUCGAGGAGCAAACACACACCACACCAGCCCAUGUGGGUACGACUGGCACUUCACCUUUAACACGGACCUCACGGAGCUUCAAAGUGCAUCCAACAUCCCUGGUGAGCUUUCACCAGGUACAGAAAGGUACCGCGCUGUCCCUUUCAUAUAUGGUUCUCUGUGAGAUUUAUAUUUUUGUUUUCUUUUUGCAUUUUAUACCUUGUAUGUAUCCCUAGAAAACCUUUUUGUACUUUUUCCUUUCUUUCUUCUAAUUCUUUUUUUUUUUCUUUCUUUUCUUUUUUUUUUUUUAAGAAAAAAAGAAACAAAUCUUGUACAUAUAGAUAGCUGCAUGAUAUAUGGUAGUAAUUGUUCGGUUCCUUAAAAGUCUUGCUGCUGUCAGAUGUUACUAUACACUACGUCCAUUACGACUGUAUUAAACACAUUUCGUAUGUAAAUAAAUGUGGAGCAUUUUGCCCCAAAAUAUUUGUGAGAUUCUGUUAUUUAUCAUUAAAUUUUAGCAACUUUAAAGAUGGAAGUGUUUGGAAAAAAUACAGAUCCUUCUCAGCCGCCUCCAUAACCCUUCCUUAAUCACAAAGUUGUACAUUGGAUACAUGAAUUCUGCUUUGUCUCUUCAUCCUCAUUCAUACUAAUUUGGUUCGUUGGUAAAUGCUUCCUAUCCCACUUCUAUUACUCGUACAUGAGUGGUUGUGAGGUUCUCCUCCCUCCCAGCAUCACCCUGGCCACCACUGCCCUCCUCAUUGAGUGUAUACCUCCAACACUUGUUUGUUGAUGUGCACUGUCAACUGUACAACAAAUGAGUUAUCACUAUGCAGAAUGGUGUUUUGUAUACAGUGAACAGAUAAUAAAAACUAAAUUUUCA